UCACACCACUGACCCAUCUCCUCCGAUACUGUCCAAAACCCUCUUCUCCCUCCUUCCUGCACUUUCUUCCCUCCUCUAAUAAUAAUAGCAAAAUAAUAAUUACAAUAAAUAAAUAAAUAAAUGUUAUAGUUCUUCUUCUUCAGCAUGCAGCUGCUGCUCCUGCAGCUUCCCCCCCAGCUAAAGGAUCAGUCUUGCAUGGACUAGGGCUGAGGGUUUGAAGUGGAUUUCACUAGCAGCUUGGUUCUCUAUGAUUGCUUUAUGAUGAGCACAAUAAUCUGCCUCUGAGGAACAGUGAAGGAUGCUUAGCUAGAUACGAUAUCGAUUGAAAUGGGCAAACAUCAGGAGGGAACAGUCAUGAGCAACAAGCAGAUGGAUGCAUCACCUGUUAUGGAACAUAUACUGCGUGAUGAGAACAGUUUUCCAUCGAUUACAAGCCCAGCAAAUUUAAGGAACCAAUCGUGCUGCCUUGCCUGCCUCAGCGAGAACAACUGUCGCACGGUCCGUUCCCGAACCAAGCUUAUGAGCCUCCUCAUCGAGCGAAAGAAGCCUCAUGAAGCCCAGUCCAUAUUUAAAAGCUUGACAGAAGAAGGCCACAGGCCGACUCUCAUAACCUACACUACUCUCCUCGCUGCUCUCACCCUGUUGAAGCGCUACAAGUCCAUUCUCUCACUCGUCUCCAAGGUGGAGCAGAGCGGGAUGAAACCGGAUUCGAUAUUUUUCAACGCAGUCAUAAAUGCAUUGACCGAGUCAGGAAAGAUCGACCAGGCUAUGAAAGUGUUCCAUAAGAUGAAGGGUUGCGGCUGCGAGCCCACAACGAGCACUUUCAAUACUCUGGUCAAAGGGUUCGGAAUUGUGGGCAGGCCUGAGGAAUCAGUAAAGCUGCUUGAGCUCAUGAAGAAGGAAGAAAACAUGAAACCAAAUGUUCGGACGUACAAUAUUCUUAUCAGGGCUUGGUGCAACAAGAGGAAAAUCAAUGAAGCAUGGAACGUCGUAUACAGAAUGGUCGCCUGGGGAGUGAGGCCUGAUGUGGUCACAUUCAACACGCUAGCAAGGGCUUAUGCCCUGAAUGGGGAGACCAGCAAGGCUGAAGGAUUGAUACCUGAGAUGCAGAACAACCAGGUGUCCCCGAAUGAGCGGACUUGCGGGAUUAUAAUUAGCGGCUACUGUAAAGAGGGGAAUAUGGCUGAUGCUAUGAGAUUCGUGCACAGGAUGAGAGAUCUUGGGGUGCACCCAAACCUCGUGAUCUUUAAUGCACUCAUCAAGGGUUUUCUGGAUGUUACCAAUACCAAGGGAGUGGAUGAGGCAUUGACGUUGAUGGAAGAGUUUGGUGUCAAGCCCGAUGUGAUAACAUUCAGCACAAUCAUGAAUGCUUGGAGUUCUGCAGGGUUGAUGGAGAAGUGCCAGGAGAUAUUCGAUGACAUGAUACGGGCUGGGAUAGAGCCUGAUGUCCAUGCAUUCAGCAUUCUCGCCAAGGGCUAUGCCCGGGCUGGCGAGCCCGAGAAGGCUGAGUUCAUCCUCACCUUGAUGUCCAAAGUCGGGGUUCUUCCUAACGUUGUUAUCUUCACUACCAUCCUAAGCGGGUGGUGCGCAGUGGGGAAGAUGGAGCAUGCAAUGAGGGUAUACCACAACAUGCUCGAGUCAGGCAUCUCCCCAAACCUGAAGACAUUUGAGACGCUCAUGUGGGGAUAUGGAGAAUCAAAACAGCCAUGGCAGGCUGAAAAUCUGUUGUACGAGAUGGAGGAGAAGGGUGUGGGCCCCGAGCAAAGCAGCAUAGAGCUCGUUGCCGACGCAUGGCUGGCCAUUGGCCUUACUGGUGAGGCUAAGCGUGUCAUCAAUGGGUUUAGGAAUGGCCUUGAGGUGAAGUCGGGUUCGAGGAAGGGAGAUGCAUCAAUGGAGAGCCUGGAGAUGAUCUAUCGGAAACACGACCUCCCGGGUUCAUACACUGGAGCAGUGUCCAAUCAGAAUGGAUCAUCGUCCCAGGCAAGAUCCCAGAUGGUUCUAAAAGGUCCCUUGCAGUCAGCAGACAAUCUGUGGAUCGGGACCAAGUCGAUCCUCCUCAGUCACACUCCUAUGCUCAAGGUCCGGCCAUUCUCAUGUCGGAGGAAGCAGCUUCUGAGCCGGACUGAUAUUUAUGGCCAGGGCAUCAGUUCAUUCAGGCUGGUAGUUCUAAGCUGAAACAUGUGAGGCUAAUACUACUUGGUUUCCUGAACUUGGGGAGAGAUCAGUCGAUCGGUAUACGACUCUAAUUGGGAAUUCAUCAUGCUCAGGUGGUGAACAGUCCUCUCGACAGAGCUGUAGAUAUCAAGGGAUUGAGUUGCACAGCUUUAUUAUAGCUUUCUGUUCCAUCUGUAGGGCCAUUGGAUGCAGCAUUAUAUAUAUAUAUUUGUAUACAGUGACCUCUCCCUGUGCUUAGACAUUCACAAAUUGUAUGUAUAAUUGGUUCCGUUUUGUCUGCUUGUUCAAUGUCUAACCAGUUCUCGGA